AUGGCCCAGCACGGCCCGCUGGUCGGGCUCCUGGCGGCAGUGGUGGUCACAGUGGUGGCAUAUGCAUGGUAUGCAGUUCCGUGCGGCUCUGACACCCUUUGCGCACAGGCAGUUCCAGCAGCCUACCACCAGCGCGCACAUGCCUUCGUUGCGCUGGGGUUGGGCGUCGUCCUCCUCCGGGAAAGCUCCCUGCUGAUGGUGUCAAUUGUGGACAGAAUGAUCUGCAAGACCGACUGGAGCCUGUGGGACCAGGGCCUUGCACAGAUGUUGCUAUGUUUGGUCCUGACUUCGCUGACAUCCAUGGAAGUGUAUUUGGCGUGGACACCGCUACCGUGGGUUCAUGUCGCACAUGGCGUGCCGGUCUUUACUAUCCGAUACGCCAGCUGGCUCGUGGAUGUGCCCCUGAUGCUGCUCCUGACCUGCUGUGCAGGGCUGAACCGGCCCCUGUCCGAAGCGCUAGGUCCGAUCUUGGCCACGAAUGGCUACAUCCUCGUCUCCUGGGCGGCCCUCUUUGUAGAGAAUUCCCACCUCCGCUAUCUGCUGAUUGCCGGGACUUUCGUCGCCUACGGCUGGGCCUCGGAUCGUAUGAUGGGAUGGGUGCGCACCUUUCUGAAGGAGGCCCCCGAGGAAGCUCCUUGCCGACGUGCGCGCAUCAGUGCCGUGCUGCUGCUCAUCGGGGUCUUCGGCCUCUAUGGCGUCGUCUACCUCCUCGCAGCCGCCGGUGCUAUGGACUUCUCGACCGAGAUGCUUUGCUACACUCUCAUGGGCAUGGGCUGCAAGAUGACUCUGAGCAUACUCUUCGCCUCCAUCCGGUCCUACCAGAACCACCAGGCGCUGGCACGACUGGUCUUCAAGGUUCGUGGCAGCAGCGUCGCCUUUGUGUCGUUGCUUCGCGGCACCUUCGACCACGUCGUGCCGUGCACUGUUCAGAGUAACGGGGUAUGUAAACUCCCGGCCCGACGUAGCCGGGAUCUCCUGGAGCUCGAACAUCUGCUGGGUCGGCCACUGGCCGCCGCCAGCUUCAACGACCAGCUUGCGGGCGGCCGGGAGCGUGAGCGCUUCGGCGCGUAUGUGCAGAACGCCUUGCGCCAGCAUGCGGAUCUUCUGAAAGCCGGGGAGAAACUGGGACUGGUCCCAGACUCAUCGCUGCCACCUGUUGCCCAAGCACUGCACGUGCGCCUGCGAAGGACAUCUGAGCUGCCAGAGGAGGGCCUUGCACACGAGACUUUGCGGGUCAUGGUCCACCUGUCUAUGGCGCCGCAGGAAGCGGCGACCGAGUGGCCUCAACAGGCGGUUCUGGCUCUCCAGGUCUUGUCUCAGGAGGAGAAUGCCCUGGGACUCUCGUCUUUGAAAGGCAUCGCGCAAGAGGUCGAACGGGAAGCUUCAGUCGGGGACCUGCGCGAGGACUGUGGAUCAAUUGUUGACGAGAUCUCUGUGGAAGGACAGGUGGGCAAUGGAGUGAGGAUGAGUUCAUCAGGCACAAUGUACUCCACGAAGAAAUCCUCGGCGGUAACCACAUCAAGUGGCAGCGACGAAGCACUGGAGAAUGCGUGCAGGAAAAGUUCGGGAAAGAACAUUUCCCACAGGAUAGCUCCGACCCACAUGGUGGAUCUUCAUGGUCUUGCGCACUGA